UGUCGUCACACAUGAGCAACAUGGCCCCCGGUAGCCGGGCCGCCGCCGCGGUGCUCGUCCUCUCGCUGCUCAGCCUCUCCCGAGCCGCCGUCUCCACCGAGCCCUUCUCCGCGCUGACGCUGUUCAACCAUGAGCUCCAGCGGCAGGGCUGCAGCUCGCUGUCCGAGUGGGAGGAGUACGCGUCGGACUGCGAGUCGUCAAUUUUACAGUUAGAAGACCCAGACUGUGAGGAAGGAAGCAACCCGCCCUGCGAGUCGGUCUUCUCACUUAAUGCUGAGAAAAUCCUGAACCAGGCCAAGUUGUUUAUAGAGCAGAAAAAAAUCCCCUUUCCUGUAGUGAACCACAACACGAAUGAAGAACUUGCUAUAGGCUACGUGUUGAUCGGCAACGGUCUUUAUGAUGAAGCCAUCAAACAUUUCUCCCUCCUGCUACAGGGUGACCCGGAGCUGGUCAGUGCCAUUUAUGGGAGAGGGAUAGCUUAUGGAAAGAAAAGUCUACAGGACAUAAAGAAUGCUGACUUGGCUUUGUUCGAGCUCAACAGAGUCAUCACGCUGGAGCCAAACUGGCCAGAAGUCUACGAGCAGAGAGCAGAGAUCCUGUCUCCUCUGGGUCGGAUCAGUGAGGCUCUGGGGGAUCUGACCAAAGCCAUCCAGCUGCAGCCGUCUGCUCGACUCUACAGACACAGAGGAACGCUGCUGUUCAUUUCAGAGGACUACGUGGCAGCUAUGGAGGACUUCCAGCAGUCUUUAGAGCUGAAGAAGAAUCAGCCCAUCGCCAUGCUCUAUAAGGGCCUCACCUUCUUCCACAGAGGCAUGCUCAAGGAAGCCAUCGAGACGUUCAAAGAGGCGCUGAAGUUCAAGCCUGACUUCAUAGAUGCCUAUAAGAGCCUAGGACAGGCCUACAGGGAGCUGGGGGAUUUUGAGUCAGCCAUGGAGAGUUUCCAGAAAGCGCUCAUGUUGAACCAGAACCACAUCCAGUCUCUCCAGCUCCGAGGCAUGAUGCUCUACCACCACGGCUCCCUGCAGGAGGCCAUAGGCAACUUCAAGAGGUGUCUUCAGCUGGAGCCCUACAACGAGGUGUGUCAGUACAUGAAGGGGUUGAGUCACGUGGCCAUGGGGCAGUUCUACGAGGGCAUCAAAGCUCAGACUAAAGUCAUGCUGAACGAUCCUCUGCUGGGACAGAAGGCCAGCUCCGAAUACCUCAAAGUCAAAUACCUCAGAGAGUACUCUCGCUACCUGCACUCCCACCUGGACAUCCCAGUGGCCGAAUACAACGUGGACCAGGAUUUACCAGGAAACUUCAAGAACCACUGGGCCAAGAACCUGCCUUUUCUAAUAGAAGACUACGAAGAGCAGCCCGGCCUGCAGCCACAUAUCAAGGACGUGCUGCCGCAGAACUUUGACAGCUACAGCAGCGAAGUUCAGAAGCUGAUAUGCGCGGCCGACCAUCUGGGGGCGCUAAUGCAAUAUGACACUCCUGGUUUCCUACCGAACAGGCGGAUACACAGAGCCAUGGGUUUAGCUACGCUGGAGGUCAUGCAGGCCAUGCAUCGAACAUGGAGCAACUCCAAAGUGCGAGUCAACGGCAAGACCAGGCAGAUGCAGUGGAGAGACAUGUUCGAUAUAGCUGUUAAAUGGAGAAGGAUCGCAGAUCCAGACCAGCCGGUUCUGUGGUUAGACCAGAUGCCUGCCAGGAGUCUCAGUCGAGGCUUCAACAAUCAUAUCAAUCUCAUCAGGGGACAGAUUAUCAACAUCCGAUACCUGGCUUACUUCGACAACAUCCUGGACUUUAUCAAAGACAGAAUACUGGUGUAUCACGGGGCGUACAACCCCCGAGGUUUACUAGACGUCCGACAGGCUCUUGAAAACGUCAACAAAGUAGAAGAUCUUCUGCCCAUAAUGAAGCAGUUCAACAGUAAAACCAGAGACGGCUUCACAGUCAACUCCAAGGUUCCGAGCAUGAAGGAUCCUGGGAAGGAGUACGACGGUUUUACCAUCACCAUCACCGGAGACAGGGUGGGCAACAUGUUGUUCUCAGUGGAGACGCAGACGACAGAGGAGCGGACCCAGCAGUACCAGUCAGAGAUCGAGUCCAUCUAUAAAGACCUCACAGCCAAAGGGAAAGCUCUGAUGCUCUCCACAGAACUCGGGGAUGCAGACGCCUUGUGUAACCUGAUCCUCUCCUUGGUUUAUUACUUCUGCAACCUCAUGCCCCUCUCCAGAGGAUCCAGUGUGGUGGCGUACUCCGUGGUGAUGGGGGCGCUGAUGGCCAGUGGGAAGGAGGUCGUCGGUCGGAUCCCUAAAGGAAAGCUGGUGGAUUUCGAAGCUAUGACCACACCGAGUCCAGAGAGCUUCAGUAAAACAGCAAAGAUCUGGAUGAAUCUGAAAAGUUUACCGGGCUGGUACCAGAAUCUUCCAUCGGUAGCAGAGACGUUUGCGUCGACCAGGACGAUGAUCGAGGUUCUAAACACAGACUCGUCUUCACACUGUCCGAAGAAGUCUUAGCACGACUUCUCCACCGGAGACGAGUCUGUUGGAUGAAGUCUCAAUGAUGGAGCUUCUACACUGGGCAGAACAACGUGACUUUCUUUCUUCUUCUUCCACCUAAACUGAACCGGACUAAGAUCAGAGUCUGUUUCCCGACAAAGCAACGACCAGUAUUUGGUUUUUCAAAUUAAAACCACAAUUAGUUUCACUUCGGUUUCCAAACACACUCCUGCUUUGUUCUCUGUCAUCUUUCCUGAAACGCUUCUUUGUACAUGACUCCUAACACCACAGUUGGAAAGUUUAUUUCUCUUUUUAAAUGCAUCGUAGUGAAAUGUUAAACAGCAGUUUACUAUUAUUACCUAUUAAUUCUAUUUGAAUCACCACCACAGUAAACAGCAAAGAGCCACAGCUAGUGAAACGUUUCCCCAAUUAGUUUAUUAAACAUCUUCGGCUCGAAGGAAACAAAUACUUCAUUUGGAUAAAAAUGUGGUUUUCUGUUGGAAGUUUUUUAAAAACCUGCUUUUCAAAUUACAUAUUUUCAUAAAGUUCAAUAACGGAUCAGUUUUAACGAGUACUUCGUAUUGGGCGUCUUUCACAACGAUACUUUGGGUUUGUCCCCGUGCUUCCACACUGCUAGUGAGAAAUGACAGAGAGCAAUGCAGCAGGAUGUGGCGUAAGCAAUGCUGUUACCUGAUUCUCUCUCUCUCUCUCUCUCUCUCUCUCUCUCUCUCUCUCUCUCUCUCGCUCUCUCUCUCUCCUCUCUCCCUCCCUCUGCGUCAUCGGCCUCCCGCUCAAACGCUCAAAGCACAAAACUCAUCAGCCUGAACAAUCUGUCAUCGCACAGACAAAGUCCCUAGUUUUAGUUCACCAUGAAUGUUGAAUUUUAUCUUCAAGUCUGGAGAUUUAAGUUUUGAAUCGACAGCGUUAUGUAUUAAAGUUUUUAUUUAACAUUGAAGAUCGUAAUUGGCACUUUAAACUUCUUCUAUGUUAACCCGCUGCUGUGCUCCGGCCCGACAGCAGAGAAGGAGCUGAGAGAUUUUAAUGAUAUGAAACCAAACCUGAUUCUACUUUGGAUCCUUGAAGCAGUUUCUCUUUUUAAUUUAUUUACUCAACACUGGCAGGAAGUGUCACUUCUCUUUUUGGGGCCUGAACCCUUUAUUUCUUUUAACGUGACCCAUGACGGCUUGUUUUAAAGAAGAGUUGCUGACCUGAAACAAGACGGACAGUCAGAGAUUUUAGAAACACAGAAAUAAGCAACAAAAACCUAAAUUGACAAUCAAUAAUUUGGUAAUUUAUAGACAAAUUAAUCACUCAACUUUUCCUCUGUUUUAAAAUGGAUGAAAAUAAAGCAAUUCAUUCUUUAUUAGUGUCGUUCUAAAGUUGCUUCCACACAAAUUAAUAUUUACUCUUAUUAAAUUGUAAUAUCACCCUUACAAUAUAGUUAGUAACCAUUAAAACUCAUUUAGAAGCUACAAAAUAAGAGCUGAAUGUUCCCUGAUAUCUCUGACUGUUUUAUCUUGAUGAGGAUUAAUUACAGGUGAAAUAGAAAAGCACACAACAACUGUUACUGUUUCCUCAGCGAUCAUUCCUUAAACCUGCCUUGAGUGACAUCUCAUGAGUUUGACAUUUUCAUGGAAUGACACUUGUGUUGUUUUAUGAAGAGAUGUUUAAAUCUGAUAACCUGAGGCUGCAUGCGGCUGCUGUCUCGUAUUCUAACGACUCGUCAAUCUGAGUUUAAGCACAAGCAGAAAAGUGGUCAACAGGUCAUUUAAUGGCAUCGAACCCUCGAACAAAAUUCCGUUCAUUUCUUAUUUAAACGUUUACGAUUUAGAGGCCUUUAACGUAUCAUCCCUGAAUGUGCAGUUGGUUCAUCAUCUCAUUCGGUCUGUUCAUUUCCUGCCUCACUGACAGUGAAUGGCUGACACCGGUUCUGCUCUGUGUCACGUUUUCUUUCUUCAUAUCAACGAUUGUUCUGGGUUUUUAAACGUUCAUUUUGUUUUUGCACCGACUGCUCAGUCACGAGUCCACAGCCGGAAAUCUCAAAGCCUCAAACGGGAAGGAGGGAAUUUCGUUUUCAAUGAAUGAGUGAACGAAUGUUUAGUCAAUAAAACUGGUUGACAAUUUUA